UUUGUGGGCUAAUCUUCCUUCAUCAAACAAAGAAUUUUCUCCAUCGCCUCAACUAUUCGAGAAACCAGCACCGGUGGGAUGCAGUGCAGCUGUGCAGGUGGUUUUUAGUGACAGAAGGUAACAUGUACAAGGUUAGUCAAAAUUCGCUAUUGUUUCGAAGAUUGUUGCAUGCAUUAUCCCGUGAUGGCCCUUCCGAAAUCUUGAAGAAAAAGGUUGCUGAAAUGGAGAAGAGGAAGAAAAGGAGGAAUCCCAAGAAGGAUCAAUUGUUUGUGGAGGUUCCGGAGUCGAGAUCCUUUCUUGAUACGGCAUCACUGCAAAUGGUUCUUACUGUAGCUGGAGUUGCACUUUUUGCAAAGCUGCUUAUGAUGCAUGACGAGUCAAAGUCCCAGGAAAUGAUUGAGCGAAAAAUAAAGAAUGCUCCUCCUGGUCAAGGCACUGUGAGGAUGCUUACUCGUGAGGAGUGGGAGGAAAUUAGAGAAGUGAGACCAAGAACUCCUUUUGAAUCCAAGCUUGCUCGUCCAAAUGCACGAAUAAGAACUGGAGAACCAUUGCAUAUGGAGGACUUGAAGAAUUGGACAAUUGAUGUUCUUACAGAUGCACUUACGCGAGCUGAAGACUGUGCUAAACGCAAGUAAAACUGAUAUUAGGCAAGAAGACCUUUGCAAAUUCUUUCCCUUGUGUACAAGUACAAUUCUUCAAUGGAAUUGAAAACCUUUAAUGAUUUUGAUGCCUAAUGUGAGUAAUUAUACAUAUCUGCCUAUGGGGACAUGGUUCAAAGGGAUUUGCAUGGCAUCAAACUAUAGCCAAUGAAUGAUUUGAUCUUCAGCAGAUUUAUAGAAGCAUAUAAUAUGUAGCAUGUCAUGAUAUCAGCAUGGUUUAUCUGAAAAAAGGAGAAUGUUUACCUUUGUACAACUUUGAUUUUUUUUUUAAUUUUAAAUUUUAAUAACUGUUCUGCUAGAAAUAAUUUAGCGUCAUUUAGUAUUCUGAUAUCCUGAUGUUCCUUCUACAGUUAGAGCAAAUGAUGCUAAGCAACCUUGAAGUUUUUAUUAAGGGGAUUUGAAUUUAAGAUCCAAAGUUUGAAAGUUUUUCCUUUGGAUGAGCCUAUUUCCCAUGCAUAAUUUGGCUAUUUUUGCACAAAUAUAAGUUAUUAUGUGAGUAGGCAGGUGGGAC